GUCCCAGACUGGAGCUUUACAGCUUGGUCUAAGCAGCUUCUGCAGGCCCAGUCGCGUGUGAGAUCCUGAAGAGUGUCCCCUGUUUGUUUCCUGCUGGGACUGCAACAGUAGCUCUUGGAUCUGUUACCCGCACGGCAGCCAGAAGGAGCACUGAAACCUCUUCAUGCCGCUUCCCUGCUUGAAAUCCUUCAGCGAUUUGCUGGUGCUUUGGGGGAAGAGGGGGAUUGCCCUCCCCGCUGACACCGCAGAGGAGCUGCAGGACAUCAUCAGCAUGGACAAGCCCACCAGCCUCCCAGAUUUCCUGGCCAAGUUUGACUACUACAUGCCUGUCAUCGCGGGCUCCCGGGAGGCCAUCAAAAGGAUCGCCUAUGAGUUUGUCGAGAUGAAGGCCAAGGAGGGCGUGGUGUAUGUGGAGGUGCGUUACAGCCCGCACCUGCUGGCCAACUCUAAAGUGGAGCCGAUCCCCUGGGACCAGGCAGAAGGGGAUCUCACCCCCGACGAGGUGGUGGCUGUGGUGAACCAGGGCCUCCAGGAGGGAGAGAGAGACUUUGGGGUGAAGGUGCGGUCUAUCCUGUGCUGCAUGCGCCACCAGCCCAACUGGUCCCUGGAGGUGGUGGAGCUGUGUAAGAAGUACCAGCAUCAGACUGUGGUGGCCAUUGACCUGGCUGGAGACGAGACCAUCCAAGGGAGCAGCCUCUUCCCGGGACACGUGAAGGCCUACGAGGAGGCCGUGAGGAGCGGCAUUCACCGCACUGUCCAUGCAGGGGAGGUGGGCUCCGCAGACGUGGUGAGACAGGCCGUGGACACGCUGAAGACAGAGAGGGUGGGACACGGCUACCACACGCUGGAUGACGAGGCCCUUUACACCCGGCUGCGCCGCGAAAACCUGCAUUUCGAGGUCUGCCCCUGGUCCAGCUACCUCACAGGCGCCUGGAAGUCGGACACAGAGCACCCGGUGGUUCGGUUCAAACGUGACCAGGCUAACUACUCACUCAACACGGAUGACCCUCUCAUCUUGAAGUCCACCCUGGAAACCGAUUACCAAAUGACCAAACAGAACAUGGGCUUUACUGAAGAGGAGUUCAAGAGGCUGAACAUCAAUGCGGCAAAGUCCAGUUUCCUCCCGGAAGAUGAGAAGAGGAAGCUUCUUGAUCUGCUCUAUAAAGCCUAUGGGAUGCCAUCUUUGGCUGCUGCAGGGCAGCGUCUCUGAAGACAUCACGGCCACCUCUCCAAGCCCUCACCCUGUGGAUGGAGCCUCCCUGACUCUGGGGCCUGGAAUGACACUCCUACCUUUACUCCUUCAAGGAAGACCAGGGUUCCCAUAGUCAGCUACUGCUGCUCUUGAAGCCUGUGUGCCUGUUUCUGUACACGUGAAAACUUCAGCACGCUGUAUCUCUCCUCGGACUGUGGACCAGAGUCUGGUUGAAUCUGAAACCUUCCUAUGGGGACUCAUGCUGAAAAUCUGGUGCUCAAUAAAGAAGCUAAUGACUA